AUGUUUGGGCAAACUACCUAUAAACCAAUUACAAAUGUUGAAACAAGAUUUGAUGAUGUCAAAGGUAUUGAUGAAUGUAGAGGCGAAUUGGAAGAAAUUGUUGAUUUUUUGAAAAAUCCAGAAAAGUUUAACAAAUUGGGUGGUAAACUUCCUAAGGGUGUUCUCCUUGUAGGUAAACCUGGUGUUGGUAAGACCCUCCUUGCCAAGGCUAUUGCUGGUGAAGCUGGAGUUCCUUUCUUCUUCUGUUCAGGAUCUGAAUUUGACGAAAUGUUUGUCGGUGUUGGUGCUAAACGUAUUAGAGAAUUGUUUGCUGCAGCAAGAAAGCAAGCACCUUGUAUUAUCUUUAUUGAUGAAAUUGACUCUCUUGGUGGUAAAAGAACAGCCAGAGAUCCAUUCUAUUCUAAACAAACACUCAAUCAAAUCCUUUCGGAAAUGGAUGGUUUCAAAUCAAGUGAAGGAAUCAUUGUUAUCGGUGCUACUAACUUGUUAGAUUCUCUUGAUAAGGCUUUAAUUAGACCUGGAAGAUUUGAUAGACAUAUUGAAGUUCCUCUUCCUGAUUUGAAAGGUAGAAAGGAUAUUUUGAGUUUGUACUUGAAGAAAGUACCAAUUAAUCCAGCUGUAAAUAUUGACACAAUUGCCAAAAAGACAACAGGAUUUACUGGAGCUGAUUUAGAAAAUCUUGUCAAUGUUGCAUCGAUAAGAGCAUGUACAAAGAAUAAGGAACAAGUUAGUAAUGAUGAUAUGGAUUAUGCCUUCGAUAGAAUUGUUAUGGGUAUUGCAAGAACAUCUAGUAUUAAUUUGAUGAAUGAAAAGGAUAAGGAAAUUACUGCUAUUCACGAAUGUGGACAUGCUUUAGUUGUCUUACUCAAUCAAAAGAAUCUUACUCAUAAUAAGGAUAAUCUUCACAAGAUCACUAUUAUUCCUAGAGGUAGUGCCCUUGGUUUCACAGCAUCUUUGCCUGAACGAGAGGUUCAUCACAUGUCUAAACAACAAUAUCAUCAAAUUAUAGAUAAGGCUCUUGGAGGUGUUGUUGCUGAGGAAAUUUGUUAUGGAAAGGAUUAUGUCACAAGUGGUUGUACAUCAGAUUUACAACAUGCUACAAAUAUUGCCAGAGCUAUGGUUACAAGAUUUGGUAUGAGUGAAUUGGGAUUAAUCGAUUUUACUGAAGAAUCAGGUUCUAUGUAUCAAAAGGGUCCUGAGUUCUCUCCAGAAACCAAGAGAUUAAUUGAUAUUGAAAUUCAAAAGAUUGUCAAUGGUUCUUAUGAAAGAGUUAAAAAGAUGCUUAAGGAAAAUGAACCUCAAUUGAGGAAGCUUGCCCACGAGUUGGUCAAGUAUGAAACCUUAUCAGGAAAGGAAGUUUUAGAUAUUUUGGAUGGAAAAGAAGUUACUCGUUCCAUUGCUGGUGAAGUUGAUUAUUAA